CAUCCUGUAAGACUUCACCAGCAAUGGAUAAACAAGAAGAUACACCCGCAGACACACGAAGCAAGGCAAAAAAUGAAGACGCUGGUCCCUCUACAUCACAGACUGUCAGAGGCGUCAAAAUAGAGUCCAAAAGACCAAGAGAAGGAGGCAAAAGGAGGAACCUCCAAGGCUCAAAAAGGGGUCAUCGAUGUGCUACCUAUGGCUGUAAUCGAUCAUUUCUCAGCAUGCAAGAACUUAUCAACCAUGUGUCUGUCCACUAUAAACCCACUGAGUCUAUGCAAGAUAAAAAGUUCAUAUGCUCAAUGAAUGACUGUGGUGAGUCACUGGACAGUAUGCAAGAACUUAUGACCCAUCUCAAGGUCCAUUACAAGCCAAAUCGCUAUUUUAAGUGUGAAAACUGUAUGCUACCAUUUCGUACACACCGUUCUCUGUUUAAGCACCUCCAUGUGUGUUCUGACAACCCCUCACGCUCAGUCUCUGACAGCAUUACACACCUGCCUCCAACAGCUGAUUCCAAGCCAGCACCAGCAAUGGCUACAGUGAGCCGUCACACUAGUGUUAUCCAGUGCAUCAAGAAAGACACUGAGCUCUUGGCGGAGGAGGAUCCAACAAAAUCCAUUGAAGCAGCUUCAGCUUCCUCUGUCAUUGGUGGUCGCCUACCGUCAGUGAGCAAACUGGCUUCUGAGACUUCUAACUCUUUUCCUGCCCUUAGCCCUUCCUUGUAUACAAGUCGUCUCCCAGGUCCACAGAGAUCAUCUGUUUCUGGAUCCUGUCUUUCUUACCUCCACCAGUCGCCAUACUCCUUACCUCAGGGUGCAGUCUCACAGAAACUUAGGCCAUUCCUUGGGAAUCAAGGACUGCCUGUCUCCAACGCCAUGUGGAAAAAGAAUCAAGGACAGACAAGCAACAGCCGUAUUGUUUGGGAACACACCAGAGGUAGCUACAAGUGUAUGCAAUGCAGCUUUUCCACUGCCACAAGGAACCAGAUAAAUAAACACAUUGAGGAAGUACAUAAAAAUCCUGCUCCAAGCAGACCCCGGGAAGAUAUAGGUUUUGACAUGGAUCUUCUCCCUUUCCACUCCAAGCUGCCGGGAGAAAUGGAACCCAGCCUUUUACCGCAGGUCUGACAGAAGAGUUAUCCAAGAACCUCCCUUGUCUUAGCCACCAGUUUC